AUUGAGAGCGAAGAAGAAAUGGUGGCUCAACCGAAAAGCGCGCGUGUUUCGGCCGCGCAGGCCACUAUGUUGGUUCAAUUCAUAGAGCAGCAUCCAUACUUGGCGAGAGGCGCCACAAGCCUUUCGCCAAGUAUCAGUGCUGCUAAAAAGAAAGCACUCUGGGAGGCAGUCGCCGCGGCGCUCAACGCGAUCGGUCCGGCAGUCAAAACAGCCCGGCGCUGGCGCCUGUAUUGAGCCCGGCUGUGCUACGACUGCCGGAGGAUCGCGCCCCAGGUGGGCGCCGAGAUGAGAUGAGCCCGCGGCUAGCAACAUCUUCGGAACGUAUAAGCUCACGGUGUUCAUCCAUUUGCAGGGAAACGGGAGGCGGGAAGGUGGGCGGCCUAGAAGGCCGCGUGCUUGACGUGCAUGAGCGAACCGGCCCAGCUUCCGCUCCUGUGGACUUUUUCGGCGACAACGCCGAGCAGGACAACUUCAGUGAGGAGGAGCCUGCACCUCUGCCCCCUGCCCCACCAGCAGCUGCUCACGUUUCCGUCGGGACGGAGCCGGGGACAAGUGGCACUGCACGACCAUCAGCUCGGCAGCAGCCCCGCAGGCCACCCCGCCAACAGCUGCUGGAGGACGCGGCCUGCAGUGCAGCCGCCGAUAAUGCGCGGCAGGGGCAUCUAGCUGAGGCGGCAAAUGCGGAGGCCGCCAACUUCCACCAGCUGUUGCUCCAGCAAAAUAGGCAGCAUCACCAGCAGCUGGUGGUAGAGCACAGGGCGACCCGGCAGGUCCUGCAGCAGCUGGCAGCUGAGAUGCGUGGUUCGCGAGAGGCCACUAGUCUCAUCGCAACCACGCUGCGCCAGCUCCUGGCUGCCCUGGCUCACCUCCGCGAGCCGCCUCAGCCAUGAGGGACAGUUUUUUUUCCCCAUAUCCUUUAGUGCUAGUAGGUACAAGUGUUGCCUAUCUUUCCGUUCAAAUCACCGCUGCAGCAUUUGGUGGUGGUGCCCAUACGUCGUCGGAAGCUGUUGUGCCGCCGAGUUGUAGCCAGUCUUGUGAACUGAUGUGCAGGUCAUGCGUGCCCAUGGCAGCUAAGACUGAUAGUGCGGUGAUGUCACUUGAAACACGAAUGCAUGUUUUUUUUUUUUUUGGUAUGUAGCACUAGAGGAUGAUAUGAUUGUUUUUCGUACAUUUCGGUCGCUAAUCAUAUUUUUUUGCAAGGUAAUUUCUCUUAUGUGUAUUUUGAUUUGUAGUGAAUGUUUGCCCAAGUGAGGCAUUAUAUAACUUAUAUGUAGAAUUUUUGCAUUUCUGUUCCUAACCGUAUUUUUUCCGCAAGUUCAUUUCUUUUCGUGCGUAUUUUUAUUUGACCAAGUGAGACGGUAUAACUUAUAUGUACAAUUUUCGCCAUACUUUCGUUAGGUGUUGUUCGCUUUUGUUUUGCUGUUACUGAUAUGUUUCAAUGUGCCGUUCUUCCACGGAAGAUACACUAUGCAAUCACUUUUACGGCAACUGCGACAUUGUCUCGCACACAUACAGGUUGACUUAACUACAAUGCUGUCAUAACUGGAAAUCAAUUUUCAUGCCAUAUGUAUGUCAUGUUUGCAAUGUCAAACCAUUCGUGCCUACGCAAAGUGGCCGAAUUGGUAUUUCUGUUAACACCAAGAACCUGUUACUUGUGAUAGUUAUUGUGAUAUUUCAGGUGUCCUUACCUAUGAUAGCAAUACAAUCUAGUCCUCGUUGUAGUUGAGCACAGUUUGCGACAUACGUAACGGAGCCAUCAAUGUGGCCGCUAUUUUGACAUUCACUGCCAGGUUGCUCUAGCAGCCGUUAUAUGAAAUACCAUUGAAGAGCCAAGCAUUUUCUCACUUGUCGUUCCUUAAAAGCAUGUCAUGGCUGUUUUAUAUUGUGAUCUUAUUACGGCACUAGUCAUUGAAAAGAAACUGUUUUGUGCUACAAGCAUGCCAACUAGAUAAUAGAAAAGACAUCUUUCUUGCUGUUAAGAUGCUGGAUGAAGAUAAAUGGUUGUCCGCGAGUUCAAAAAAAAAAAACAUCAUUAUGCUCGUGUCAUGUUUAUGCAAUUUGACAUCUGCCAACGGCCCACUGGUAGUGGGUCCCAUGUAGUGAACAUCACACGGCUAUUUUGGCGCCCUGAAGGCAUGCUCUUUGUACUUGUCUGUCAUUUGCUUUGAUGAAAGAUGGCAUUGAAGAUGGAUCACAUGGUUUUAUUUACAAUGCAGAUAUAAAUAAACGAUUUCCAACAAUGCAACUGGCACUUGAAAUGAAUAUUUACAAUUCGUGUUCCUUCAAUUUCGGAACUAUUUACACUAUUUCUCCCUUGAGAAUAAUGCGCUUGACAUGCGAGGCGAUAGUUUUCGGCAUAACUUGGCCUUCUGUCAAGGAACUGUGCGGUGGCUGUGUGGCAAAACGGCGCAGGGCCUACAAGGUGCGUGAGAACAGUACACAUGGUGGAGCGAGAAGUGUUGUGCUUGGCAGCAGCCCAAAUAGGAAGCGAGGAGACGAAGACCAGCCUCC